AUGGACAAGAAGGCACAGGAAGUACGAUCCAAUCACAGCCACAUUGAAUUCUCUCCGAAUGAUGAGGAAGCUGGGGGUAGCUUAGAAGAUGUGGCGACUGAGAAUGGAGAAAUCCUCCCAGAUAGUGGUGUCCAAGCCUGGCGGACAGCCCUAGGAGGAUUCUUGUCAUUUGUUGCCAGCAUUGGGUUCCUAAGCGGGGGAUCCGUUUUCCAGAGCUACUUCAAGGCAACCGUCCUUCCAGCCUCCAGCACAUCCGAUAUUGCGUGGAUCGGUAGCGCGCAGGUUUGGGGCUGCUAUUUCUUUGGCAUUUGGUCUGGAACCUUGUCUGAUAAGCAUGGGCCUGCCCUACCACUUGGUGUGGGAACGGUCUUCAUGGUCCUUGGCAAUAUGAUGUCCUCUGUUUCGACAAAAUUCUAUCAGUUUCUGCUCUCCCAGGGGUUUUGUUCCCAAUGGUUCUUGAAACGCCGUGGACUUGCCGUUGGCCUCGUCAUGUCUGGCCAGAUGGCUGGAGCAAAUCGACUUCUCAAUUUUGAGGGUGUGUCAUAUGGCUGGACUCUACGUAUUAUCGGGUUCAUGCAGCUUGGCAUCAUGGUUGCUGCUAUAUUACUAGUUCGGCAUCGAUUCAUCCAUGUGAUAGAGCAGAGGUCACUGCCUCUAAGACAAUAUUUUACCGAUCGUCGAACUAUGUUGCUCACAUUGGCUGUUUUCCUCAUGAAUCUAGGCAUUUAUGUACCGUGGUUUUACAUCACUCCUUAUGCCAUCCAGCGCGGCGCCUCGGCAAGCCUAGGCUUUUACGAUGCAGCAAUCCUGAAUGCUGGCGCCUUCUUGGGUUGCUAUGCCCUGGGCAUGAUAGCUGACUCUGGCCUGGGGUUUUUCAACUCGGUUAUCGUGGCCACCUUUCCUUGCGCCGUGAACUCCUUUGCUUGGAUCGGCGUACACAGUAUCGCAGGCGUCGUCGUGUGGGCAGUAGCAUAUGGGAUGAUGUCGGGCGCACUACAGGCCAUUUUCUCACCUUGUGUCUCCAUGCUGGCGCCGACGACAGACGUUAUAGGCUGUUGGAACGGAAUCUGCAUCACUAUUCCUUCAUUCGCAGUACUGGCAACCGGGCCGAUCGCCGGACGGCUUCUUUGA